GGGGGAGGUGUGCGUGGGGGCAGCGGGGAUGCUGUGUAAUUUUAUCCACGCUGCACUCUGGGAGUUCACACGAGAGCGAUACCUUUUGCCUCCUCUGCUUCGUAUCAAUUGGUCGCAGAUCGGGCUAUUGUUGCGGGGAGCCGCUUUUAUUUCUAUGCUCCGCCGGUCAGCUAUUUCCCCGCAGCCUCCUGCCGAAAUUCAGCGGGGCUCUCUCUCCCCCCUCCUCCUGCUUCUCGUGCCGUCUGUCUAGCUGGAAACCCAAGGAGAAGGCUGAGCGCGGCAGCUCCAUCUCACGCAAACAGCUGGGACUCCUCGGCGGCCUUCGCCGAUGUCUAUUGAUUUAAGUAAAUCUGAGACAGAUAAAAGGGCCAGAUCGGGGCCGAUGAUAAAAACUUGCCGAUGCUUCGCCUCCGGACGCGGUGCGCGCCGUGCCGCCCCGCCGCGCCGCUAGCCGGACGCCGUUAAUGGGAGCCCCGGUGCCGCUCGCCCCGAGCCUCCACUCCCCCGCGGGCUGAGCGCGGCGGCCACCAUGCCACGAUGCUCGUGAUCUGGCUCCUGCUGCUCGCCCUGCUGCCCGAGCCGCGCGUCCCGGCCGCUACGGCCUCCCCGAGGGCCCCGCGGGAUGCGGGGGGGCGCGGCGGCGUCUACGAGCACCUCGGGGGAGCGCCCCGCCGCAGGAAGCUCUACUGUGCCACCAAGUACCACCUGCAGAUCCACCCCGGCGGCAAGAUCAACGGCACCUUGGAGAAAAACAGCGUCUUCAGUAUCCUUGAAAUAACUGCUGUUGAUGUCGGGAUCGUCGCUAUCAAGGGCUUGUUCUCUGGCAGAUACCUGGCCAUGAACAAAAGGGGCAGGCUUUAUGCAUCAGAGAACUAUAACACAGAAUGUGAGUUUGUGGAGAGGAUUCAUGAACUGGGCUACAACACCUAUGCAUCCCGUCUGUACCGAACUGUACCCAGUGGAGCCAGCACCAAGCGCAAAGCCAGUGCGGAGAGACUCUGGUACGUCUCAGUCAAUGGGAAAGGACGACCCAGGAGGGGCUUUAAAACACGCAGGACACAGAAAUCCUCCCUCUUUCUGCCCAGAGUAUUGGAUAGCAAAGACCAUGAAAUGGUCCGACUUUUCCACACAAAUGUGAGAUACCGAGAGAGCCUCCUGAAGCCUCCCAGUAAGAACCAGAGGAGAAGGAGAGGACGCUGAUGGAGCAGGGAGAGCUUGUGCUGGAACUGGAAGUGAGCAAGUCUUCAAAAUACUACUAAAGGAAACUAACAAUGGUGAUUGUAUGGCAGGCAUUAACACGGGCAUUUUUAUACAGUGUGUAAUGUAACCGAACGUACAUUGCUUACCUAUAGAUAUUUUAGAAUAUUAUCUGUCGUAAGAGAGACGUGAAAUGAGAUAAAGCACAUUACAAUGUAAUUUAGUUUGAUGUAAUAAUUAUGUCAACAGCUUUCACAUUCAUCUUUUCUUAAAAAAAAAAAAAGUAAUUUUAAUUACUAGUAUUUUCAUUCUAACUUGCCAUAGAGCGCUAUCUAAGCAACCUAUCCUCCCAGACCAUAAGAACACUGCACACAUACCAAUUGUGUCUACAAAGAAAGCCUAGCACCUUCACAACUCUUUUAGCAGUUGCUCAUAAAAGGCUGCACCACUAUUUUUAUGGUAUACAGAGAUCAAAAACUGGUUUAUUUUGUAACUAACAUAUAUUUAUUUUUAUUAUGUGAUCAAUCAGUAUCAAUUAUCCUUUUUCCAUGACCAUUCAGGAAAUCUGAGGUUAUAAGCUACUUUAAACAUAUCAACAGACCCACAUGUUACGAGGUUAUUUUUGAAUUUAUUUAAUUAAAAAGAUGUUUGAUCUCAUCAUUCAAAUGAAUGUUGAUAAAUUGGCAUUUGCAUUGGCUUUAGCAAUAUAUAUCUGUUUGCCAUUUGAUAAAUUCUCUCCUAAAAUAGUACUUGAGUACAACCUGAGAGCUGAGUUUGUAGUAUUGACUGAACACACGAUACAGAAAAAUACAGCACUGGGGAUGACAGUCUUUACCAAGUACUUUUCUUUAGCUAAGAUUUCUACAAUAAGUUCUAGUUUAAGGUUAAAUAUGUUGUAACAACUUGGGGAAAAAACAAAAACAGUCACAUUGGACAUAAAAAUCUAUAGCUGC